AUCUCCCACAUCAAGACUUCACGAAGCCUCCACAUCAUGUGCCACAUCCCGGUCUUCUGCUGGAUCACUGCUACAGUUCUGGAGGAUGUGUUGGAAACCAGAGAGGGAGGACGGCUGCCCAAGACCCUGACUGAGAUGUACAUCCACUUCCUGGUGGUUCAGUCCAAACUGAGGAAUGUCAAGUAUGAUGGAGGAGCUGAGACAGAUCCACACUGGAGUCCAGAGACCAGGAAGAUGAUUGAGUCUCUGGGAAAACUGGCUUUUGAGCAGCUGCAGAAAGGAAACCUGAUCUUCUAUGAAUCAGACCUGACAGAGUGUGGCAUCGAUAUCAGAGCAGCCUCAGUGUACUCAGGAGUGUUCACACAGGUCUUUAAAGAGGAGAGAGGACUGUACCAGGACAAGGUGUUCUGCUUCGUCCAUCUGAGUCUUCAGGAGUUUCUGGCUGCUCUUCAUGUCCAUCUGACCUUCAUCAAGUCUGGAGUCAAUCUGCUGUCAGAAGAACAGUCAACCUCCAACUGUUCUAAACUGUUCAGAGACAAAGCUGAUCCAACACAGCUCUACCAGAGGGCUGUGGACAAGGCCUUACAGUGUCAAAAUGGACACCUGGACUUAUUCCUCCGCUUCCUCCUGGGUCUUUCAUUGCAGACCAAUCAGACUCUCCUACGAGGUCUGCUGACACAGACAGGAAGUGACUCACAGACCAAUCAGCAAACAGUCCAGUACAUCAAGAAGAAGAUUGAAGAGACUCCCUCUGCAGAGCAAAACAUCAACCUGUUCCACUGUCUGAAUGAACUGAAUGAUCGUUCUCUAGUGGAGCAGAUCCAACAGUCCCUGAGUUCAGGACAUCUCUCCACAGAUGAACUGUCUCUCUCAGAGAGAAGCUGUGAAGCUCUGUCCUCAGUUCUCAGCUCCCAGUCCUCUAGUCUGAGACACCUGGACCUGAGUAACAAUGACCUGCAGGAUUUAGGACUGAAGCUGCUGUGUGGUUCUCUGAAGAGUCCACACUGUAGACUGGAGACUCUGAGACUGAGCAGCUGUAACCUCUCAGAGAGAAGCUGUGAAGCUCUGUCCUCAGUUCUCAGCUCCCAGUCCUCUAGUCUGAGACACCUGGACCUGAGUAACAAUGACCUGCAGGAUUUAGGACUGAAGCUGCUGUGUGGUUCUCUGAAGAGUCCACACUGUAGACUGGAGACUCUGAGACUGAGCAGCUGUAACCUCUCAGAGAGAAGCUGUGAAGCUCUGUCCUCAGUUCUCAGCUCCCAGUCCUCUAGUCUGAGACACCUGGACCUGAGUAACAAUGACCUGCAGGAUUUAGGACUGAAGCUGCUGUGUGGUUCUCUGAAGAGUCCACACUGUAGACUGGAGACUCUGAGACUGAGCAGCUGUAACCUCUCAGAGAGAAGCUGUGAAGCUCUGUCCUCAGUUCUCAGCUCCCAGUCCUCCAGUCUGAAACACCUGGACCUGAGUAACAAUGACCUGCAGGAUUCAGGGGUGAAGCUUCUGUCUGCUGGACUGAAGAGUCCACACUGUACCCUGGAGACUCUCAGGCUGUCAGGAUGUCUGAUCACAGAGGAAGGCUGUGCUUCUCUGGCCUCAGCUCUGAGCUCCAACCCCUCCCACCUGAGAGAGCUGGACCUGAGCUACAAUCAUCCAGGAGACUCAGGAGUGAAGCUGCUGUCUGCUGGACUGAAGGAUCCACAGUGGAGACUGGACAUCGACACAAACACAGUAAACAGAAACCUCAAACUGUCUGACAACAACAGGAAGGUGAACUAUGUGAAGGAGGAUCAGUCAUAUCCUGACAUAUUUGACCUGUGUCCUCAGCUGCUGUGUAGUAAUGGUCUGACUGGUCGCUGUUACUGGGAGGUAGAGUGGAAUGGAAGGGUUGACAUAUCAGUGAGUUACAGAGGAAUCAGAAGGAAAGGAGACAGAGAAAAAUGUGUGUUUGGAGACAAGGAUCAGUCCUGGAGUCUGUUCUGCUCUGAUGGUGGUUACUCUGUUUGGCACAAUUACAGAGAGACACCUGUCUCCUCCUCCUCCUCCUCUUCAUCAUCUUCCUCUGUCUCUGACAGAGUAGCAGUGUAUGUGGACUGUCCUGCUGGCUCUCUGUCCUUCUACAGAGUCUCCUCUGACUCACUGAUCCACCUCUACACCUUCAACACCACAUUCACUGAACCUCUGUAUCCUGGGUUUGGAUUUUGGCCCUGGUGGUCUGGUUCCUCAGUGUCUCUCCAGAUCAAGAGUGCUACUAUCAUCAACACUGCAACCCCCACCAGCAUUCCCCCAGACACCACCUCCAAGGCCCCCCAGAUGCAGUAUCUCCUCCUCUUCUUCCCCCCAAAUUAUGCAGCUCAGGUCAACUCAACCCACCCCUCCUUCUUCCACUCAAAUAAACACACCAUCUAG